AUGGAGCCAGUGAGCGUGCCGCUGUCUUACUUUCUGGCUACACUGGCCAUCUUCGCUUUUCUACACUUUUACAAGAGACCACGUGGAAACGUACCGGUGCCGUCAUUCAAUCCCAACGUGACAUUUCGCAUCCGCGGGGUGCCUCUUACAUGGAGCGGCAAUGAUCUAGAGUUGCACCUAAGUGAGCUCGAUCCUCUGAGCAAACCAGUUGUCAAGUCUAUCGCUCGCGAGAUUCACGGCCGCUCCAACACUGCCACAGUCACUUUCAAAAUCCCACCAUCUCAGUUCCAAGCACACAAGUUGAGUCGUCCACCGUGGUACAUCCAGCUACCUGACGUGUCCGUUGAAGGACGCCGUAGCCUCCAAAGUCAAUCUAUGAUGAUCGACGACGAUUUCGAGGGAAUGACUACUCUGCACAUGCCGUCAUCAAAGGGUCACAAGAUUGAUGUUGUCGCGAUUCCUGGGCUUGGCGGACACGCCUUCGGUUCGUUCAAGGAAAGGGGCGGAAGCCACAUGUGGCUACGAGACUCUCUUCCAUUUCACCUGAGAGAAGCCAAGGACAAGACUCAGAUUGCUCGAGUUAUAACUUGGGGUUACAAUUCUACUCUUGCAGACAGUAAAAGUAUCCAAAAGAUAGAAGACCUGGCAAAGAAGCUCCGCAACAGCCUACUCCCGUUAGCUGGCCCUCCAACUAGACCGAUAAUUCUAAUUGCCCAUAGCAUGGGUGGGCUCAUCGCGAAGCAGGCGCUGAUUGAUAUGUUCAAGUCUGACAACGAACAAGAUUCACAGAUCGUUCGGGCGGUAUAUGGUAUCGCCUUCUUUGGAGUUCCUCACCUUGGUAUGAAGAUUGAAUCGCUCAUCCCCAUCGUUGAAUCCGGGCCAAACCUUCCCCUUCUUCAGUCGCUAGAUCGCCUUGGUUCGCAGAUCAUAAGUGUUGGCGAGAAGGAAUUUCCUGCAGCCCUAGGCGGAGAAGGCGACUCUGAGAUCGUGUACUUCUACGAGACACACGUGUCGCCAACGGCACAGAAGGACGAAGCCGGAAACUGGGAGAUGACUGGAAGACCCGAGCUUCUUGUUGACCAAGAAUCGGCAACUCAUCGCCGCCGCUGGGAAGGAGGCGCCCAGCACACGUGUCCCAUUGCCCGUACUCAUUCUAACAUGGUGAAGUUCGGGCCCCAUGAUGACGAGUACGAUAACGUUAUUGAAAGGCUCAAAAUCCUUGCUAGGAACUCACUGGUGGCUCGAGAUGAGACGCUCGAAAUUGAAAGGGAGCGUGAAAAACAAUGGAAUAAGCACAAUGGUGCUCCAAGACCCCACUCCAUUCCCUCCAAGAGUUUCUCGAGCCUACACGAGAAAGAUCUCGAUCAAGACUUUCCAGGGCGCCUACUCUGGUACAGGGAACCCGUGGGGGACAAUGGCUAUCCUCUUGGAACAACCGUUGAGCCACACAUUGAGAGCCAGAACAGUGUUAAACCGAUUGGAGAAACUAUUCUGACGUGUCGCCGCAUCGUGAACUUGCAGAUUCGUGGGCACAUCAAGUGGAUAGACCCUGGCCGGUACCGCUCUCAGUGGGUAUUUUGGUUCUUUGCAGGUAAGAACUGUCCUAGUUCAUCACAAUCUGUGCCACCCUGCUGGUCCCCCGAUGGUUCACCAGAAAAUACGAUCAGAGAAAGAUACUUCCCGGCAGACUUGAUCGAGAUGGGUAAACCAAUGCCAGAUUCUCCAUGGUUUUAUCCCUGGAACUUGCGUUGCAGCGCCGGGCGAGCAAGGAGCCCUAAUAACUUCCUCGGCCAAUUCGUCGAUGCUGAUAUCACUCCACGGUUUCCUCCCCAACUCUUGGAGGAUGGUUACAAAGAGCAAGUCAUUGGGCCAGGGCUUUGGAAUACUUUCAGAAACACUGGCUGGUGCGAGGUGCCCGGGCCAGAAGUGGAAGUCGGCAGCGAUGGUGAGGCGUUCCUGAUGGUUUCCAAAGACUUUGAAAGAAAGUGGAUUGGAGGGUUUUCGUUUGGAGGUGUCCGUCUAGAUCCUUGUUAA